AUGUCUGAGGAUUCGAAGCGAAUUGCUGCCUUAACUCAGUAUAUUAAAGAAGAAAAGAAACUUAAUGACGAUGCUGCUCAGUUAUUAGCAAAACUUGCAUAUGGCUUCGCUCAACAUAACGCAGCAAUUUUAAAUCAAGAGUUAAAAUCAGGAGAUGUUCAAACAAAUCAAUUUAGAAAGAUUCUAGAAGAGGAUGGAUUUGAAGAAAUUUCCGAAAAAAUUGGCGAUAGACUUUCAGAAAUUUUGAUCCAAAAGAAGGCUGAAACCUUUGAACGCCUCAAGGAAUGCUCCUUUGUUUCUAAGAACUUCCACUUCGAAUUUGCUAGACAAUUACUUCAGUCCAGACAUAAAGAAUCUGUACAAACUAUUGCCGAAUAUUCAGACGAUGAAGCAUAA